AUGAGUGCGAAGUGCAUCAGAAUUCCAAGAAACAAUUCUAGUGAGCUACACACCUUUAACUUUUAUGUUUCCAAUGUUGGCAAAGAUAACCCUCAGGGAAGUUUCGACUGCAUUCAGCAGUGUGUCUCUAGUUCUGGAGAGUCACAGCUUGACUGCCUGGGAGUUGUACAGAAUAAAGUCACAGUAUGUGCAACAAAUGAUUCCUAUCAGAUGACAAGAGAACGUAUGACACAGGCAGAGGAAGAAACACGUAGUCGGAGUACAAAAGUCAUAAAGCCUGGUGGACCCUUUGUAGGCAAGCGAGUUCAGAUACGUAAACCAGUACAAGCCAUCCCAGACACUAUACCUGAAAGAAAGCGAUCAACUCCUCUAAAUCCUGCCAGCACGAUAAGAAAGUGUAAUCCAAAUAGCAGUGUAGCCCAGAGACCGUAUAGGGAUAGGGUGAUUCACUUAUUGGUACUGAAACCCUACAAGAAGCCAGAACUACUAGCCCGCCUGCAAAGAGAUGGUGUUAAUCAGAAAGACAAGAACUCACUUGGAGUAGUUCUUCAGCAGGUAGCAAAUUUGAAUCCCAAGGACAACUCUUAUGUGUUGAAAGACUCUCUCCAUAAAGAGGUUCAGAAAGAUUGGCCAGGAUAUUUGGAAGGUGAUAAGCAGUUGCUGGAGCAAAUACUUGCUAGGAAAGUAAAUCAACCCCAGAAUUCCACCAGCAUCAGCCAUCCGUUAGAAUCGCAGCCAUCAAGUCCCGUCAAGGACACCGCUUCUGCCUCUCCUCCCCAGAAGCGAAUGGUGGAUUCUGAUUUUAUUGAUCCCUUAGUCCACAAGAAACCUAGGAUAUCCCAUCUUACAAAUAGAGUUCAGCCUACAUUAAAUGGUCAUUUGACUUCUUGUAGUGAAAAGAUUGCUACUGCUGCCACCUCUAGCCUUCCUCCACAUCCUCCUCCAGCCCAUCUUCCAGUGUGUAAUCCUUCUCAUGCUGUGAAUUCAAACUCUAAUUCCCCUAGUACGCCUGAAGGUGGGGGAACACAGGAUCUGCCUACAGACAGUUUUAGCCAGAACUGCAGCAGUUGUGGGGACCAGCAAAAAAAAUAUGCAUCAAGGACUCCAAUAGAAAGCUCUCCUCUGCCACCCGCACCUCUGGAGUGUUCAAAGACUGUGGAUGUAGAAAUCUCAUCUCAUAAAAAAUCAAAAAAAUCAAAGAAACACAAAGAUAAGGACAAGGAACAAGAAAAAGAAACCAAACAUAUCACUGAAAAGAAAGAAGAACCAAAGGAAAAAUGUUCCCUGCAGGAGAAGGUGCAAAUCACUAAAGUAAAGAACAUGUCCAGUCCCUGUAAAGGAGAAAAGGAAACUUGUCCUGAUUCCAGUGAUCCUCCAGCAACAGAAGUGCCAGACUAUUUUGUGUAAGUAGAAAUGUAUUGUUUAACUAAUUUUGUGAU